AUGUGGAAGAUUCGCUUUAGAGAUCGGAGCAAGAUAUACCAAGUGCCGUUUAUUGACAGCCAUUGUCAUAUAGACCUGCUGUACGAAAGACUGAAUUUUAACGGAACAUACAAAGAAUUCCUGCAACGAUUUUCAGAUUGUUACCCUAGCAAUUUUGCUGGAUGUAUUGCCAUCUUCUGCUACCCAAGAAAUUUUGAACUCAGUGAGUAUUUAUUGGCCGAGGAAGAGAAUGUAUGGAUAUCUAUUGGUUGUCAUCCUAAAAACGCUAUACAAUAUAAUGAAAUGGUAGAAGACAACAUGCUUAAGAUAUUCAAACAUCCCAAAGUGGUGGCAGUGGGAGAAAUUGGUCUGGAUUAUUAUGGAAACCAAAAACAGUUUGAAAGUAUACAGAAGUCUGUGUUUAAAAGACAGUUGAAGAUUGGUUUAGAGGUGAAGAAACCUAUAGUUAUACAUUGUCGUGAUGCAGAAGAUGAUUGUCUACAGAUUAUGGAAGAGAUAAUUCCAAGAAACUAUAAAAUCCAGUGCCAUUGUUUUUCUGGUAAUUAUAGUCAAGCGAAGAGAUGGUUAUCAGCUUUUCCUAAUCUCUAUUUGGGAUUGACCCCUGUCGUGACCUUCAAUGGAGCCCAUGCCGCUCACGAUGUAGCCAGAAAUAUACCCCUUAACAGACUGUUGUUAGAAACUGAUUCACCUUAUUUUGUACCAAAACCUGUGAAACAAGUUAUCUCCCUUCCUGGAUUUGCGCUGACCGUAGCUGAAGAAGUUGCUCAUAGACGUGGCAUAUCUGUACAGGAAGUGCUUCGUCAUUGCCGUGACAACAUGACAUCAUUGUUUGGAAUUUAA